UGGAAAUGAUUUUGUUACAUAAUAAUAAUAAUAAUAAUAAUAAUAAUAAUAAUAAUAAUAAUAAUAAUAAUAAUAAUAAUAAUAAUAAUAAUAAUAAUAAUAAUAAUAAUAAUGGUAAUAAUAAUUUCAAUGUUUCAAUUAAAUUCACUUGA